UUCCUCUUUUUCUGUCUUUUCAACAAAUCAGAAAAUCCCUAAAUUCACUGAACCCUCCUCUCCUCUCUCUGUCUCCCCAUAUCUUCUGAUUCUUCUCUGAUCCUCUCUUCCAACUCCUUUAUUAAUACCUCCAAAGAUUUCCCCUUUUCUUUAUUCUCUUCCUUAGCUACUUGCCUUCCUCAUUUCCCUACUAGUACUAGCUAGUUUCACACAGUUUCAUUACCAAACCAAACCAAAACACAAAAGCUUCUCAAACUCUUCCUCUUAUAAGGGAUUAAUUUGGCUCACACGGCUUAAAGCUUUGAUUCUAAACCGGAAUCACAUCAGCUCAGAACCAUUCUUCACCUCAAAGCUUCUUCUUUUAAAUCUGAAUCGUUGAGAUAACUCGGUUUUGUUCUGCAUUCUCUGUUUCUGAAUCGUGGGUCAUCGUGAUUUGUCUCGAAUUCGUCACCGUUUGCUUCGAUCAAGCUGCAUUGGUUAACCAGUGCCCUAAAAAAACAUAUCUUUGAGCAAAAUUUGUCACCGAUCUUCUAAAUCGGAAUCAGACCCAGCAAAACAACCUCGUUAGAUAGAUGAUUCGCGAAAUCUCAAACUUACAAAACGAUAUUAUUAACAUUCAAGACCGUUAUUCGAACAACGGAGUCAUGGACGUCGGAAGAAACAACCGGAAAAACAUGAGCUUUCGAAGUUCGCCGGAGAAAAACAAGCAAGAGUUACGGCGGAGUUUCUCGGCGCAGAAAAGGUUGAUGAUUCCGGCGAAUUAUUUCAGUUUAGAGUCUCUGUUUCUAUUGGUGGGUCUCACGGCAUCUCUGUUAAUCCUUCCGUUAGUUUUGCCGCCGUUACCUCCGCCUCCGUUUAUGCUGCUUUUGGUUCCCAUUGGGAUUAUGGUUUUGCUCGUGGUUCUUGCCUUCAUGCCUUCUUCUGAUUCUAAUAAUGCUAAUAGAGAUGUAACUUGCAAUUUUAUGUAAAUCUUAUUAUAUCAUAUGAUUUUUAAUUAAUCUUAGGGUUCUUAAUCCAAUGAAAUUACAAAAGAUAUGCUCA